AUGGCGAGAACUCUGAAGAACCGAUUGGAAUCUCGCUUUUUGAUUCGUUUCCUUCAAUCUCCGACUCUGUUCGCCUCUUGCUUCACGAGUUUUAGAUCUCUUCAAACCCUAGCCUACGAAGAAGUCCGAUCCUCCGGCGAUCGGAAGUGUGAAUCUACAGCUAUCAUUCUUCAUGGCCUCCUCGGCUCUGGCCAUUGGAAGAUGAUACUGGUUGAUUUGAGGAACCAUGGGAGAUCUACGGAAGUGGAAGGGAUUAAUCCGCCUCAUGAUCUUGUGAAUUCGGCUAAGGAUUUAGCUGAUUUGGUUAAAGCAAGUGGCUGGAAUUGGCCUGAUGUGGUAAUUGGUCACUCCUUGGGAGGUAAAGUGGCUUUGCAGUUCAUGGAGAGUUGUGCUCGUGGUGAUUAUGGAGAAUUCGCUUCUCCUCCUAAACAGCUAUGGGUACUAGACUCUGUCCCUGGGGAAGUCAAGGCAGAGAAAAGUGAUGGUGAAGUAGAGAAAGUUCUACAGACUUUGCAGAGUUUACCUUCACCAAUCCCUUCCCGCAAGUGGCUCGUGGAUCACAUGGUCGAACUUGGGUUUUCAAGAUCGUUAUCCGAGUGGAUUGGCAGUAAUCUCAAGAGAUCCGGAGACUCAGAGACAUGGGCCUUUAACCUUGACGGAGCUGUCCAAAUGUUCAACUCUUACAGAGAGACUUCGUACUGGUCCUUGCUAGAGAAUCCGCCGAAAGAGACAGAGAUUUCUUUUGUGAUUGCAGAAAAGAGUGACCGAUGGGACCAAGAUACAACCAAACGGCUUGAAACGAUUGCGAAGCAGAGACAAAAUAUAUCAGAAGGGAAGGUUGCGACUCAUCUUCUUCGUAACUCUGGCCAUUGGGUCCACACAGACAAUCCAAAGGGACUCCUAGAGAUUUCGAAGAAAAAGACGAGAGAGCCAAAGGUAGAGAAUGUAACUCUUGGACCAGCUGUUCGUGAAGGAGAAAACGUUUUUGGAGUUGUUCACAUCUUUGCUUCAUUCAACGACACAUUCAUCCAUGUGACUGAUUUGUCUGGAAGGGAAACACUUGUUCGCAUCACUGGUGGAAUGAAGGUGAAAGCUGACAGAGAUGAGUCCUCACCUUAUGCAGCUAUGCUUGCUGCACAAGAUGUCGCUCAACGAUGCAAGGAACUUGGAAUCACUGCCAUGCAUGUGAAGCUCCGUGCCACUGGUGGUAACAAGACCAAGACCCCUGGUCCUGGUGCUCAGUCUGCACUAAGAGCCCUUGCUCGCUCUGGCAUGAAAAUCGGUCGUAUUGAGGAUGUGACUCCAAUCCCAACCGACAGUACUCGCAGAAAGGGUGGAAGAAGAGGAAGAAGGCUUUGA